CCGUCGCUGUCGUCGCAAAGCUCCACUGCCGCCAUUAACUCUAGUAAAGGCAGCACAAGUGGUAGUGAAUUUUCUUCGCUCUUCAUUCUUUGAACUAGGAAUUUGUGAAAAGUUUCGUAUUUGGACAAUUUGAGUAAUGGCUCGUACCAAGCAGACCGCACGUAAAUCUACUGGAGGUAAGGCUCCCCGUAAACAGUUGGCCACCAAGGCCGCCCGUAAGAGUGCCCCGUCCACCGGUGGUGUAAAGAAGCCACAUCGUUACCGUCCCGGUACAGUGGCCUUGCGUGAAAUUCGUCGGUACCAGAAGUCGACGGAGUUGCUGAUCCGCAAGUUGCCCUUCCAGCGGUUGGUGCGUGAAAUUGCACAAGAUUUCAAAACUGAUCUUCGUUUCCAAUCGGCCGCCAUCGGAGCUCUUCAGGAAGCCAGCGAAGCCUAUCUGGUCGGCUUAUUCGAAGACACCAAUCUUUGCGCUAUCCACGCGAAACGUGUCACAAUUAUGCCUAAAGACAUCCAGUUAGCUCGCCGUAUUCGAGGCGAACGUGCUUAAACAGCUGUGGCAGACAUCUUUUACAACUCCUAAUACGAUCAACAUCUCCCUUUUUAUCCUGUCCGAUAUGAUAUUGAUGGAUCUCCAUCAAUUGGAAGUUUUGAAUCAAGACUAACGACUUUCGCCGUCAGUUUUCAAUGAACGCAUAACAGAAUCCAUUACUUUAAUUUUGUUAAUUUUGCUUUAGUUUAACUCCAAUUCAGAGUAGAACACAUUUACUGGAAACAAAGUUUAGGAUUAGUCUACAUUAAAUGUGACAGUAAAAUUCAUUUACAACCGAACAGCUAGAAGUGUAAGGUAGUCGAUAAGAAAGUGUGUGAAGUAAUCAAAAUAAAAACUUGUAGUUUUGGAAAUCGAAGACUUGUUCCUCUCAAGGCUCGUACGGAGAUGCGGUAUCGCCUGAACCGUCCAGGAGCCAGACGGAUGUGUCGGAGGGCAAUCACGACGAGAAGAAAUCAUUUCCAAACACUCAAAUUAUUUUAAACUCAUAAUACACAUAAACAAUGGUCAAAAUGGAUAUGCAAUUAUUUUUUUUAUAAACUAAGAAAUAAACACUAUAAAUGUUUAACUUGUAGAAUUUUGAUUUAUGUUUACUUCUGUUCGUAUAGCAAUCAAAAUAUAAACCGUUCAAGGACCUUGAAUAAAAUUAUAGAUACCAUUGGCCAUUGUCCAAAAUCGUGCAAAAAUAUUGCAAAAUUGAAUAAAU